AGUGGACACGUGUAGGGCAACGAGAAGAGAGACGAGAGGUGGCGUCGUUUUUGGCUUGUUCGGUUUCUUCUUUCUCUCCGUCCAAACCUCUCUCUAUGCGACUUCAACAGCGAUAUUGUCCCUCUCUGUGUCUCCUAGACUCAACGGGAGGUCUGUCUCUGUGGCUUUUCUCGGUGGCUCUCGUGGACGACGACGGACCUCUCUCUCGGUGGCUCACCAAUCGAAAGGACCUCUGAGUUCUAGGGCAAGAGUAAGAGGAAGAGGAAGAGAGAGAGGGAGAGGGAGAGGGAGAGUGAUGUCUACGCUCGAAAGAAUUUGAUCGAACUAGAUCGAACUAGAAUUUGAUCGGACUAGAUUAGACUUAGACGUAAAACAAGAGCAUGCUUCACUCCUUCUCUUUCUCCGCAAAAGACCCUUAAAUUCGCCGCCUUCCUGAGUAAGAGAGGAUUCUACACUCGCUUAGGCUCUGGCUAUAGCUUCUACUGGAGUUGAAGCAAAAGCAGGCUUUGCUCCUAAUGAACUUUGUUCUCUCCUACUACAGGCUGCUCAUAUUCCCCGUGCUCUCUUUUCUGAUUUGGAUGGAAUAUCAGAUCGAUCAACAAGUUUGCCACAUAUGUUACCGUCUGAGCAAGCUUUUGCUGCUGGCCGUUCUGCUCUUGGAAUUGAUAAUAAAGAUGGAGUGGUUGUUUAUGAUGGGAAUGGUCUCUUUAGUGCAGCCCGUGUAUGGUGGUUAGUUAUAGCACUCCUUUGGAUUUAUAUUCUUUUGCUUUGUUCAGUUUGUGUUUUCUCAGUUAUUGUUAUUAUUGAUGUGUGGUACAACUCGUCAGUUAGAUGGUGCAGGUAAAACAAGAACUUGAUGAUGUAUACAUGUCUAAGUGAUGCUUAUACUUCAAAACAAAAUAAAAUGCUCAGCUGGCAUGCAACUCCACACAGUGGCAACGAUCAAUUGGCAGUUUGAUCCGCAUCAACAUAUGCGGACGUGGAAUUAUAAGGAACAAAUCAAAAUAUUCUAUUCAACGGCGAAGCGCAAGUAGCAGAGUGGGAGAAAGAGAGAUAGCAAAAUCAUUUACACACAUACAUACGUGUACUUACAUAACUUACUAGAUUUAUCACCACACGUUCAGAUUCGGACCAAAAGUAUACAGAGAGAUGUCUGCGAGUUUUAUGGCGAUCACGAAGUCGUCGGAGACAGAGUUCGUGAGUUGCGAAUUAUGCGGUAUGACGGAAGAGUACACGGCGGCGUAUAUGGAGAGCAUACGCGUUCUCUACGCCGGGAAACUGAUCUGCGGGCUCUGUUCCGAGGCGGUGAGUUACGAGAUGUUCCGGAGACAGAUCGGCGUCGACGAGGCUAUAGCGAUCCACGUGAAGGUUUGCGGCGAGUUUUUGUCUUCUCCGUCUCCGGCCGUCGAUUUCAUAUCGGCGAUCGGAGAGAUGUUUAGGAGAAGAUUGGUUCUGGGUUUGCCGAGGGUCGUGACUUCAGCUUUGCCGUCGCCGAGGAGUGUUCCGGCUGUGGACGGUGGAGUGAUUUGUGCUGCGGCGGUGAUUGGUGGGGCUGGGAGUUGCUUGCCUGCUUUGUCCGGUGGUGUGUAGAUUCGAAUAUUCCGCGAGGAAUCAAACUGAGAAGGAAGCGUGUGUGUGAAGGAAGAUUAUGAAUAAUAUAUAUUACAAAAAAUUAGAGAAAAGAUGUUUAAAAG